CUAGCUUCACGCAGUGGUCGCCUGUUCCCCCAAAGGUCCAGAUUGAACACGCGCGCCUGAUGCUCUUCCUUUCUUUGGUUCGAUCAGUUCACCUUCGUCUUAGGCCAUCUUUCCGCGAUCGCUUGUGGCUCUGUCGGGCGUCGCGCCGUCCGACUCCUGGGCGGCGAUGGUGGUGGGGCCUAGUAGGAGAAACCCCAGUCUGACGCUGAUGAUUAUGGAGCUUGCUCGCCGGUGGUGUUGGCGUCCACUCUGGGCUCAUUUUCGCACCUUUCAAUCUGCAAGUGCUCGGGGCCUGAGGGCGAAUCAAUCACACGUCGGGUGUUUGUUUGUUCCAACCUUUUCCAUUCCACCUUUAACUGCGUUUUCGCACAUUAUUGUGGGCCACGCCGGAGGUCCUCAAGCGAUGGCCACAUGGCCGCCUAUGAGUUCAACCGCGUCAACGGUCAUUCCUCCAUAUACCAUUAUACUAUAUAUUGAUUGACUAACAUAUGUCUAGAUCGUUAUAUUGUUGUCCGCCACUCCUUGUAGUCCUGUCAGCUUGUCUCCGAAGCGUCUGCCAAUCGGCUAGUAUCGUAUCUCAAAUCCCAUUGCAGUCCGGCUCCGUGCGGUCCAAUUCAAUGGGCGAAAGUCGUCGUCCGAUCUCUUCCCUUGACUCGCUGAGAUGGGCAGUUCCAGUGGUUGAUGCAAGAAGGUCAUCACCGAACUUCUUCAUCGUAGUCAACAUUAACGUAAGGCUGAAUCAGG